UUUAGCUUUAAGCUGAACUAAUUCGAUUCUUUUUCACCUCAGAGACCAUAGCCUAACCAACAGGCAUUGUGUAGAUGUUUCUUCUUCUAUAAAAGAAACCACAUAAGAAUUGCAGUAUUUCAGAAAGGUACUAAGUCACAUAUCCUUGGUAUUUUAAUGUUUAACUACAGGAAACUGCAUGAGGUAUUACCAUUAUAUCCUUUAUAUCCUUGGGUAACUGUUCAAUAAUUGGCAUUUAGAAUUUUGUUUCCUUCUUAGCGUCGAUACUGGAUCUAAGUGAAAAAAGAAACAGCUCAUAAUGACGGAUGAUACAAAAGAGUAGGCGUGACUUUGGCUAACUGCAAAGGAUCACAUAUUUCAGCUUUCUAAGGACUUCAGCUUGGGAAAACUGUAAUUGUCAGAAAAAGAGAGAGAGGGCUAAUGCAGACAGGCUCUACAAAAAAAGUUUAACUUCAGAAGCAGCAAACUCACCUGUGCAACUCCAAACUUUCACAGGAGGUCUUAUUAAAAAGUGACAAAAUUUUUAAUAAGAUGUUAGGGAUUGCAGAGGUUUUUAUACCUCUAGUAGUGUGUCUUCUGAUUUUGCAGUUCCUAAAGCUGCAAUGGAUGCGCACCCAGCUUCCUCCAGGACCAGUUCCCCUCCCCAUCAUUGGAAACUUGUGGCUGCUUAACUUCAGACUCCGUCGAGAAACUCUCACUAAGUUAACCAACAUCUAUGGAAGCAUCUACACAUUGUGGAUGGGACAGACACCUAUGGUUGUACUAAACGGGUACAAAGCAGUAAAAGAUGGCAUCAUCACCCAUUCCGAGGAAGUUUCUGGAAGACCUCUCACCCCGUUCUACAGGGAUAUGAUGGGUGAGAAAGGUAUUUUUUUGACAAGUGGGCACACCUGGAAGCAACAGAGACGCUUUGGCAUGACCAUUAUAAGAACUCUGGCACUUGGUAAGAACAAUCUGGAGCACCAAAUUCAAGCAGAGGCCUGUCACCUCGUGGACAUCUUUGCAAACACGAAAGGCAAACCUUUCGACCCCCACACUGUCAUUGUCCAGGCUAUUGCAAAUAUAAUUUGUGCUGUUGUCUUUGGUCACCGCUUCUCCAGUGAGGAUGAAUCUUUCAGCAAACUUAUCAAAGCUGUUUAUUCUGUGAUCUACUUUCAAGCUACUAUCUGGGGCAGGAUGUAUGAUGCUUUCCCAUGGCUUAUGCACCACCUCCCAGGACCUCAUCAGAAAGUGUUUGCAUACAAUGACUUCAUGCACCAUUUAGUUAUGAAGGAGGUCCAAGCUCAUGAGAGACAAAAAACAGGUGUUUCACAGGAUCUCAUCGACUUCUACCUAGCUCAAAUAAUAAAAACUAAAGACGACCCUACUUCUACAUUUAAUAAAGAUAAUAUGGUGCAGACUGUAGUUGAUCUUUUGCUUGGAGGGACAGAAACAACAAGUACUACCCUUCUCUGGGCACUGCUCUAUAUGAUACAAUACCCAGAAAUACAAGAAAAGGUUCAAAGAGAGAUAGAGGCUGUUCUGGAGCCCUCCCAUCUCAUCAGUUAUGAAGACCGCAAGAAACUCCCGUAUACAAAUGCUGUGAUUCACGAGGCUUUGCGGUACAGCAAUGUUACUUCUGUUGGGGUCCCUCGACAAUGCGUGAGGAAUACAACUUUGCUGGGUUUUCACAUUAAGAAGGGCACACUUGUACUGCCAAACCUGCACUCUGUUGUGUAUGACUCUGAGCACUGGGCGACCCCUUGGAAGUUCAACCCAAACCACUUCCUUGAUUUGGAUGGCAACUUUGUGAACAAAGAAGCAUUCUUACCUUUCUCAGCAGGGCACCGUGUAUGUUUGGGGGAACAGAUGGCACGAGUUGAAUUGUUCAUCUUCUUUACCAACCUCCUUCGGGCAUUCAAAUUCCAGCUCCCUGAGGGAGUAAAGGAAAUCAAUCUGGAGUACAUUUUAGGUGCAAUACUGCAGCCACAUCCAUAUAAACUCUGUGCUAUUCCACGCUAAUCUGCAACACGCUACAAUGCAGAGAGACUUCAAUCAGUCAGUAAUCGCAGAUACUUUAAAAACACGUACCACUAUCUCAAGUGUAUUCAAAUGUAAGUGGCUCAGCAUAGCAAAUUACUAUGGAGCAGUUUUACUUAGGACUGAUAUGUAGCUGAACUUCUUGAAAUUAAAAUAAGUGUACUUGCCAAAGCUCAUAUAAUCAUAGGCAUAUCCAUGACCACAAUAAUAUGUUAUCAAACAAAUGGAUUUUCACACUCAUGGUAGCAAUGAAUUAGACACAGGAUUUGA